AUGUUGGAGGAUCAAGCUGCGUCUCCAGGUACUAGGAUCGCCAUACUUAUGAACACUUCAUCUUCCAUCCCGUUCUUUCGAUUCGUACGGACGUCAUUUACAACAACCGCGUCCCAGGCAGUAAAUGACCUUGGAGGUCUGAAUCCAGGUGUACUCGACCCCACGGCCGACAUACACUUCUACGAUCCGAUAGUGGCACAAUCAUAUCCUGAUCCAUCUUACUACGACCUGAUCAUUCUCUCCGGGGGUACCGCAGAUGUCCGCAAUCCAGAGCCUUGGGUAGAAAAGAUGCUCGCAUAUAUAAGACAUUUAGCGGAGAGUUUCCCAGAGAAGAAGAUGGUCGGGAUCUGCUGGGGUCAUCAGGCAAUAUGCGCUGCCCUUGGAGGUACAGUAAUAGCUAUGGAGGAACCUGAGCUGGGAAUCAGGGCAUGCCAACUAACGGAGGAGGGGAAGUCGUUUUUCCCAUUUGCCGCUGAGAAGGGCACAUACCGGAUACAUCAAUUUCACAAACGCCAGGUCGAUAUUCCAGUCCCUGGCUUCAUUUCACUGGCAGAAAAUAACCAGGUGUUCCUAUCACCGUCGAAAAAUAUACUCACGCUCCAGGGUCAUCCGGAAAUGAAUGGUGACUUAGCCAGUAUGAUCAUGGAUCACGCUUUCACAUACAUCGGUUCGUCCGAUCAUAGAAGCCUGAAUAUUGUGAAGCGUUCCAUGCAGGAAGAGCAUGAUGGAGUGAAGAUCUUUAGGAAGAUCCUAGAGUGGGCAUCAGGAGACUAA